AUGGAUUCCAGCAGAGGAGGCAGCAGCAAAUGUAGAAAGAGGCCCACAUUUCUCCAUAAUUACAGAACGCCCAUCCUUCUCGCCGCCGUGCUGAUCUUCGGCGCCCUCUUCAUCUCCUCCAGAACCCUCGUCGCCCCUUCCCACCCCUUCCCCAUUUUCCGAGAUUCCGGCCAGCCCAAUCCAUCGCCGUGCUCCAAAACCCUCGGGGACAGGUUCCUCUGGUACGCCCCCCACAGCGGGUUCAGCAACCAGCUCGCCGAGCUCAAGAACGCUGUUGUAAUGGCCGCCAUCCUCAAUCGGACGCUGGUCGUGCCUCCUGUUCUCGAUCACCACGCCGUUGCGCUUGGCAGUUGCCCCAAAUUUCGGGUUUCGGAUCCGAAUGAUUUAAGAUUUAGGGUUUGGAAUCACAGCAUUCAGCUCAUCCGCGACCGCAGGCAACACAUUACAGUUAUGGAAUCUAGUUUUGUUGGGGAAAGUUUGUUUAAUUUUGGUUUUGAUUACUGCGAGUUCGAGUUCUGUACUGCAUACAAAGCUCCAUACAUAUCCAUGGCUGAUAUAGUCGAUCUUUCAUCUCUAGUGUCCAAUUCAGGUGUCAAAUUUAUAGACUUCAGGGCUUUUGUGUCUAUUUGGUGUGGUGUGAAUGUAAACUUGGCAUGCAAUGCAGACUCAAGUUCAAGUAUGCAUUUUUCUUUGCUCGAGAAUCUGAAACAAUGCGGAUCGUUACUCUCCGGAUAUGAUGGCAAUGUAGCCACUUGUUUAUUUGCUUCACAAGAAGAUUGCAGAACAACAGUAUGGACAUACCAAAAAGAAGAUGGAAUUCUAGAUUCUUUUCAGGCUGAUGAUGAGCUCAGGAAGAAAAGGAAAAUCUCGUACUCGAGGAAAAGGAAAGAUGUUUAUAAAGCUCUCGGUUCUGGCACUGCUGCUGGAUCAGCCACUGUUUUAGCACUCGGUAGCCUUUUUACUGCACCGUAUAAGGGCUCUCAAUCCCACAUCGACAUUCGAGAAGCUCCAAGCAAUCAAAGGGUACAGUCUUUGAUUCAAAAGAUCGAAUUUCUUCCGUUUGUAUCUGAAAUUCUAAGUGCUGGAAAGAGAUACGCCGUCCAAACAAUUAAGGCUCCGUUUGUUUGUGCACAGCUGAGAUUAUUAGACGGUCAGUUUAAAAACCACUGGAAAAGCACGUUCGUAGGAAUGAAGCAGAAAUUGGACUCAUUGAGAAAAGAGGGUCCUCUCCCAGUUCACGUAUUCGUAAUGACUGAUCUUCCUAGGGUUAAUUGGACGGGAAGUUAUUUGGGGGAUCUGGCGAAAGAUCACGAUGUUUUCAAGCUGUUUGUUCUGAGAGUGGAAGAUGAGUUGGUAGUUCAGACUGCUAAAAAGCUUUUAAAUUCUGGUAGUUAUGACGGGGGAGAUGGAGAAAGACUAUGCAAUGCUUUCUCAUUACCCGAUAUGCUUCUGUAUUUGGAAGAAACUAUAUGUAGCUGUGCUUCUCUAGGUUUCAUUGGGACUUCUGGUUCGACAAUUGCUGAAAGUAUAGAGAUCAUGAGGAAAAAUCGAAUAUGUUCGUGA